AUGUUGGAUGGCGGGCUACACAAGUUGCAGAAGAAGAUACGGGGUCAUAUGUUAACGCCCGAGGAUGCCUUUCUUAGCUACUACGAUGUCCGAUUGACUAGAGAAGACAUGCAAACGCUAAAGAACGACUGGCUCACAGAUAACAUCAUCUCCUUCUGGCAAGAGUACCUCGAACAUGAAUUCCUCACGCAGUACAAAUCCUCCAACAUAAUCCUCCUCCGCCCAAGCAUGUCCUUUAUGAUUCUCCAAACACCCGACCCGCGCACUCUGCGCGAAGUCCUCCCCGACUUCUCCCGCGCAACCCACGUCUUCCUCCCCAUCAAUGACUGCCGCAACGUCACCCAAGCCGAAGGCGGCACCCACUGGUCUCUGUUGCUGAUUUCCAUCGUCGACCGGGUCGCCUUCCACUAUGACUCGCUCUACCAAGGGAACGUGUGGGAGGCGGAGACCGUGACGCGGAAAUUCGGCGCCCUCCUCAACAUGCCCAUUCGCUUUAUGCAUCUGAAUGACUCGCCUCAGCAGGACGGUGGGAGUGACUGCGGUGUCUUCGUGUGUAUGAACAUGCGGCAUUUACUGCUCAAACGCUUGCUUCAGGCGGGUGCACAUGAGAAGGUCAGCAUGAGUCUUGGGGGGAGGAAGGUGGAUGCAACUGCGGGGCGGAAGGAGAUGGAGCGGAUCAUCCAGGGAUUUAGAAAGGAGGGCGAGCGUCGACGAUCAGCAAGUCUGAGCCGCAGUCCCAUGGGCAAGAAGUCUAGGAGUCCGCCGCGAAUUGAAUAG